AUGGCGCCCACCCAAGUGCACCACCAUCGGUCUACUACCAAGUCUUCCAACAAGCCUUUCAAGACCAAGCACGCCUCAAAGAGUGCUUUGAAAGAGAAGGCGAAGGGCAAAGUCGAAAAUGAGCGGGGCAGUCGCAAAACACCCCACCAACAACUCAAGUCGAAACUCGACCGUCGCAAUCAGGCCCGCCAGAGGCAACAAUUGAAGCAUCAAGAGAAGGCACAAGCGACAAGCAUCUUCACUGGCCAGACUGGCGCCCCCCGUCACGUCGCCAUCAUCCCGCUCUCGGCCGAGAUUGACACCAAUGCCGCUAUUCGCGCCCUGAAUGAAAGUGUCGAUAUCAACGAUGAGGUUUCCGCUGAGGGAUCUCUCCGUGUGCGUGUCGACCGCUUCCGCCAGAGCCUGCAAUAUAUGACAUCUAAGCACGAUCCCGUCAACGCGAUGGACGUGUGUCGCCUGGCCGAUUUCGUCGUGCUGGUCAUGUCCGCAGAAACCGAAGUCGACGAAGAAGGCGAGCUACUGCUUCGUUCUAUUGAGAGCCAGGGUAUCUCCAACGUUGUGACUGUGGUACAAGGUCUGGAUCAGGUCAACCCAGCCAAGAGACGUCCUCAGGUCGCAUCUUCUCUCAAGUCCUACAUCAAUCAUUUCUUCCCCACUGUGGAGAAGGUGAUGUCUCUGGAUUCUCGACAGGAAUGCUCAAAUGCCAUCCGAUCCCUAUGCACUGCCACUCCCAAGGGUAUUCGCUGGCGUGAUGAGCGCAGUUGGAUGUAUAUUGAGAACGUGCAGUGGCCAGAUGCGAGCGCCGAGGUUGUUGAUGAUGUGGUGGUAACCGGUAUUGUUCGUGGCAAGGGCUUGAAGGCCGACCGCAUCGCUCACAUUCCCGGCUGGGGCGAUUUCCAGAUUGCUUCGAUCACCGCGGCACCACUGCCAACGACUAAAAACAAGCGUGAUGAUGCUAUGAACGUUGAUGGCGCCGAUGGUGUUCAGACCUUAGAGGCACCCACGGCUGAUCAAGACGACAUGGCUGUAGUGGCUCCGGAGGAGAUCGAAAUGAUGGAUGACGAUAUGGUCUCCAUGGCCGGAACUGAGAAGAAAGGUGUCUUGCUCGACGAUUACCACUACUUCUCUGACGAUGAUGCACACAUCCCUGCGAAGCCGAAGCGGUUACCGAAGGGUACCUCAGAGUACCAGUCAGCCUGGUACCUUGAAGAUGUUUCUGACUCAGGGUCCGACAUCGUCGACGAGGAUGAUGACGAGGAUAUGGAAAUGGAGGUUACCGGCGCCCCUGAAGACGGAUUCUUCGCAGACAAGGAGGAUGCUAUGACAGAGGGCGGCCCCUCAGAGUACCCUCAAUCGGAGAUGUUCAUGGACCCGUCCCCGGAGGAUGAGGCACAGGAGCUGGCCGAGUAUCGUAAGAGCCGUCGCACUGAAGCCGAGGAGGAUCUUGAAUUCCCCGAUGAGAUCGAGCUGCACCCAAACGUGCUCGCACGAGAGCGUCUCGCUCGAUUCCGAGGCUUGAAGAACAUGAAGCUUAGUCCCUGGGAAACCUCGGAAGAUCGACCACACGAGCCCGAAGAUUGGCGUCGACUGCUGCAAUUCGGCGACUACAAGGGUGCCAAAAACCGAAUCAUUCGUGAAGCCCUUGUUGGUGGUGUCAAUCCCGGAACCCGGGUCGACGUGCACCUUCGCGCCGUCCCAACGGCCCUCCGAUACAAGGCCCAGCCUCUUUCCCUCUUCUCUCUUCUGCGCCACGAACACAAGCACACGGUUGUCAAUGUCAACAUGACUCUCAGCUCCAGCGUUGACAAGCCCUUGAAGUCGAAGGAGCAGCUCAUUGUGCAGAUUGGCCCUCGUCGCAUGGUAGUCAACCCUGUGUUCUCUGCCGGCGACAAUACCCCGAACAAUGUGCACAAGUACGAUCGCUUCCUUCAUCCUGGCCGCAGUGCUGUCGCAACCUGGAUUGGCCCUAUGACCUGGGGUGCCGUCCCGGUACUUGUCUUCAAGAACAAGCAAGUGGAGGAGGAUUCCGAGGUCCUCGAGUCCGCCGAUGUCGAGUCAGGUGCAGUCUCUAUGGAUCGCUUGGAGUUGAUCGCCACUGGUACUGUCAUCGCACCAGACCCCAAGCGCGUCAUCGCGAAGCGCGCCAUCCUCACGGGUCACCCAUACAAGAUUCACAAGAAGGUCGUUACCGUUCGGUACAUGUUCUUCAACCAAGAGGAUGUCCAUUGGUUCAAGGCCUUGCAACUUUGGACUCGCCGUGGUCGCAGUGGAUACAUCAAGGAGAGCCUCGGUACACACGGUUAUUUCAAGGCCACCUUCGAUGCCAAGAUCAACCCCCAGGACUCGAUUGGUAUCAGUUUGUACAAGCGUGUCUUCCCUCGCAAGGCGCGAGCUUUGGAAGAGCUUGCGUAG